AUGAGCAGCUCAAGAAUAGUUCCCACGUAUGAAGAUGCAGAAGCAUUUAUGGCGGCAGCAAAAUUGGUGUUGAAAGAUAAGAGAGGAAAGUAUAAAGAAUUCUCACAACUCCUAAUUGAUUACGAUGCCAGAAGAGUUGAUAUAGGAGCUGUCAAAGAAUUAGCGAUAGAGUUGUUUAAAGAGCAUGAAGAUUUGAUUUCAAGAUUCAACAACUUCUUGCCACGGGGUCACCAAAUCUCACUUCCUUUGGAUGAUGAACAAGGAAGUAAUGAUGAUGCAUUAGCGGUCGAAGAUGAACAGAAAGAUGAUGAACAACAAGGUGAUGAUGAUGCAUUAGUGGUCAAAGAUGAUGAAGAUCAAGGUGAUGAUGAUGCAUUAGCAGUCAAAGAUGAACAGAACAAUGAUAUACAACAAGUUGAUGGCGAUGCAUUGGUGGUCAAAGAUGAUCAGAAAAAUGAUGAACAACAAGGUAAUGGCGAUGCAUUUGCGGCCAAAAAUGAACAGAAAGAUGAUGAACAUCAAGGUGGUGACGGUGCAUUUGCGGCCAAAGAAGAACAAAAAGUUGAUGAACAACAAGGUGAUGGCGAUGCAUUUGCGGUCAAAGAUGAUGAACAGAAAGGUGGUGGCGAUACACUCUCUGUCAAAGAUGAUGAACAUCAAGGUAAUGGCGAUGCAUUAGCGGUCAAAGAUGAUGAACAUCAAGGUGACGACUAUGCACUAGCAGUCAAACUCAAAGAUGAACAGAACUAUGAUAUACAACAAGGUGAUGGCGAUGCAUUAGUGGUCAAAGAUGAUGAAGAUCAAGGUGAUGAUGAUGCAUUAGUAGUCAUAGAUGAUGAACAACAAAGUGAUGAUGAUGCAUUUGCGGCCAAAGAUGAACAGAAAGAUGAUGAACAUCAAGGUGAUGAUGUCAAUGCAUUAGUGGUCGAAGAUGAACAUAAUGGUGAACAACGAGGUGAUGACGAUGCAUUGAUGGUCGAAGAUGAACAGAAAGAUGAUGAACAACAAAGUGGUGACGAUGCAUUUGUAGCAAAAGAAGAACAAAAAGAUGAUGAGCAACAAGGUGAUGGCGAUGCAUUUGCGGUCAAAGAUGAUGAACAGAAAGGUGGUGGCGAUACAUUUGCGAUCAAAGAUGAUGAACAACAAGGUGAUGACUGUGCAUUAGCAGUCAUAGAUGAUGAACAAAAAAGGGAUGAUGAUGCAUUUGCGACCAAAGAUGAACAAAAAUAUGAGGAACAACAAGGUGAUCAUGAUACAUUAGCGGUCAAAGAUGAACAUCAAGGUGAUGACGGUGCGUUAGUGGUCGAAGAUGAACAUAAUGAUGGACAGCAAGGUGAUGAUGAUGCAUUAAUGGUGGAAGAUGAACAGAAAGAUGAUGAACAUCAAGGUGAUGAUGAUGAUGCAUUAGCAGUGAAAGAUGAACAGAAAGAUGAUGAACAUCAAGGUGAUGAUGAUGAUGCAUUAGCAGUGAAAGAUGAUAAGAAAGACGAUGAAGAAAAACAAGUUUGA